UGUUUACGUCUAUCUGAGCACCAUUGCAAGAACUUACGAAGGCACAAAGAUGAUGAGCUACUAUUGCGGCUGCCGCAAUCUUAAAAUGCUCAUGAGUGUUGGUUUCGUCCUCCUGUUCUUCUUCUUGGCUGGAUCACCAGCCACAGCGAAAGAGGGUGUGGAACAUGAGCAGGCGUUGUUCGAGCUAACGAGCCGAGAGGACAUGCUGCAGAUGGCUGGGUAUGGAGAGGAGAAGCUGUCGACUGUUCUCCUCACGGGUUCAGUUCUCUGCAAGGCGUGCCUUCACGGCGAGUCCCAGCUUCUUUCAUGGCCGUUGUCAGGCGCUGUAGUGGCCGUAAAUUGCCGUACCCAUGAGAAGGAUCUCAACUCGAACUCUACCCAAGGCAUCACCGAUGAAUAUGGAGACUUCAUGAUCGAUCUUCCUUCCCAUCUCCACGCCAUUCCCAAAUUGGAAAAGAAAUGUACGGUCAAGCUUCUUCGUGUACCCAAAAACUCACCCUGCCGACCCGCUUAUGUCAGAAAACAAAAGGGGCUGAGACUAUCAUCGUUCGGGAAUGGGAUCCGGACCUACGAUGCAGGCGAUAUGGAGCUAGACCACUCGAAGGGUAAGCCUACAGAAGCAUGCGUGAAGAGAGAACACGGCAACACAUAUUUGAACUAUUAAGAGGGCUAGACAAGAGUCGGAUGUACGAGUCGGGGAUUGGGAAAAUAUAUACGAUACAGCUCCAUCAGAUGGCGCCUCAGUCACAGUAUUGAGCUAAUUAAAGGGUGUUUUUAGUUCCUAAACCCCCGUUUUGUCUGUUAUUAUGUAAAAUAUAUACACGGUUAGUACCUUUUGCGGACCUUCUGCAUAUUGAUCUGCAGAUGAGGUCGUUAAUAUGAUUAGAACUGGACAACCAGCAUGUGUGUGUGUUGAUUAUGUUUUUGUUGUAUAUUCAUAACCGAAUAAAGGAAUGCAAUAUCAAGGUUUGUGGCCUUUGAUUUUAA